GACACGGCCAGAGCACUGAGAGAUCAGGUUUUGAUGUAACUGGAGUGAAUAAGGGAACCUUCUUCCUGAGCACAGACAUUGGAGCCUGUUAUCAGCAUGAACUCAUAUGUGUUAGACAAACACGUCAAUAGUUCAUAUCCAUCCUUCACUACAGGAAGCAUCAGAAUGAUACCGCAAACUCCAAAAGUCUUAGACACCAAUGACUAUUCACAAACAUUGGGGAAAUCACAGCAGAUAUUUAAAGAAGAUGGUGAAUUGGCAGGAACUGGGCAGCAAUCAUUAUGUACAGAGAGUAAUUUAGUCAUCAAACAAGAGGACAACAUUUCUGACUUAUCUAGUGAAAUGAUUAUCCCAGAGGAUAAACCACACACAUUUACGGAGUACUCCAAACAUUUUAAGGAAGGGAAAAGUCUUAAGUCUAACCAAAUGAUUCAUACAAAUAAGAAACCAUUCAAAUGUACAGAAAGUGAGAAAAGCUUCACAUGUAAUUUGCAUCUCCUUGAACACUACACAGUUCACACAGUUGUGAAACCUCACAUGUGCACAGAAUGUGGGAAUUGUUUCAUAUCUAAACAAAGCCUUAUGUAUCACAAAAAGACCCACACAGGGGAGAAACCUUUCACAUGUAAUGAGUGUGAGAGAUGUUUCAGAUCCAAAGCAAAUCUCAUAUCUCAUGAAAAGACCCACAUAGGGGAGAAAUCUUUCACAUGUACAAAAUGUGGAAAAAGUUUUACACAUAAGAGUAAUCUGAAAACUCAUGAAAGGCUUCACACUGGAGAAAAGCCAUUCACAUGUACAAAGUGUGGAAAAGGAUUUAGGAUCAAGAGUGAUCUAAAAUAUCAUGAUAGGAUUCACACAGGUGAAAAGCCUUUCACAUGUACAGAGUGUAGAAGAAGUUUCAGACAUAUGAGUAGUCUGAAAACUCAUGAAAGGAUUCACACAGGUGAAAAGCCUUUCACAUGUACAGUGUGUAGACAAAGUUUUACACAUAUAAGUAGUCUGAAAACUCAUGAAAGGAUUCACACAGGGGAAAAUCCUUUCACAUGUACAGAGUGUGGAAAACAUUUUACACAAAUAAAUAGUCUGAAAAAUCAUGAAAGGAUUCACACAGGGGAAAAGCCUUUCACAUGUAGAGUGUGUGGAAAAUGUUUUACACAAAUAAAUAGUCUGAAAACUCAUGAAAGGAUUCACACAGGAGAAAAGCCGUUCACAUGUACAGAGUGUGGAAAAAGUUUUACACAUAAGAGUAGACUAAAAACUCAUGAAAAGAGUCAUACAGGGGAAAAGCCUUUCACAUGUACAGAGUGUGGAAAAAGUUUUACACUUAUGAGUAGUCUGAAAACUCAUGAAAAGAGUCACACAGGGGAAAAUCCUUUCACAUGUACAGAGUGUGGAAAAAGUUUUACACAUAUGAGUAGUCUGAAAAAGCAUGAAAGGAGUCACACAGGAGAAAAGCCUUUCACGUGUACAGAGUGUGGAAAAAGUUUUACACAAAUAAGUUAUCUGAAUACUCAUGAAAGGAGUCACACAGGAGAAAAGCCUUUCACGUGUACAGAGUGUGGAAAAAGGUUUACAUAUAUGAGUAAUCUGAAAACUCAUGAAAGGAGUCACACAGGAGAAAAGCCUUUCACGUGUGCAGAGUGUGGAAAAUGUUUUAGACAAAUAAAUAGUCUGAAAACUCAUGAAAGGAUUCACACAGGAGAAAAGCCUUUCACAUGUAAAGAGUGUGGAAAAAGGUUUACACAUUUGAGUAGUCUGAAAACUCAUGAAAGGAUUCACACAGGAGAAAAGCCUUUCACAUGUAAAGAGUGUGGAAAAAGGUUUAUACAUAUGAGUAGUCUGAAAAUUCAUGAAAGGAGUCACACAGGGGAAAAACCUUUCACAUGUACAGAGUGUGGAAAAAGGUUUACACAUUUGAGUGGUCUGAAAACUCAUGAAAUGAGUCACACAGGGGAAAAACCUUUCACAUGUAAAGAGUGUGGAAAAAGUUAUAGACAUAUAAAUAGUCUGAAAAUUCAUGAAAGGAGUCAGUCACACAAGAGAAAAGCCUUUCACAAAUACUCACUAACCAACUACAUUGCAGUUAGACACCUCCAGGCAGCCAUGAAUAAUUUUGAAUUCGGUGACUGCCCGGAUAGACAUCUGAGAAAGAGGGCACUGAAUUUACUUAAUCAGACUAACAUUGUUUCAACUAAUUCUGAAAACUUUGACCCAAAUGCCUUAUUUAAAGACCUAGAGAAACUACUAAAUAAUGACACCAGAGAAUGGCAGGACCUAGUGUUGCUUGAUAACUAUGUCUUACAUGACAUAGUCCCCAGGGGACUUAGGUUGUAUAAGAAACCAGCCUUCGAACUAGAGGAGGUAGAAUUUAGCACAGAGUGGGACAAAGCGUUCCAUGACUGCUCACUCACCUUAAUUAAAAUCCUCAUCAAAUAUAGAGAAUAUAAACUGGACAAAAUUAAAUUAGAUUUAGAUAAAUUGUUCCCUAAAAUUCAGAACUUUCAGAAUAUUGAUCAUUGGAAGAAACUCAAUGAUAGUAUUCAAGAAAGAAAUAAUAAAUAUGGGUCUGACCUAAUGAGUGCAAAAUAUAAAAAACUUUGCAGAGACAUGGAAGACUAUCAAAAUGAUAGGGUCUACACUUAUAAAACAAAAGAAAUCACUCAUACCAUAUCUGAUAAUGAUACUAGAAAUGACAUAUGUGAACAAAGACCUCUCAAUCAUUACACUAGAAAUCCACACAUAAAUCGCAAUACAUACCAGACCCAACAGAAUGAAAACUACAAUAGACACUCAACUGAAAAUCACAAUAAAGGCCAUCAACAAACUAUACAACACAAUGGACAACAGAGUUUUAAUACAAGCUCACACCCAUCAAAUAGUAAAAGAAAUCAAAACAUUAACACUGUCAAUAGGCCCCUUUCAGUCCCCCAUACAGGUGGUAACACAGAACACAGAAAUGAUAAUCAUCAAUUUAACAACAAUCAUUAUCGUGAUAAUAAAAAUGGCAAUUUUAGGAGAAAUUCCAACACAGGAAACCACAUUACACAUCAUACUACAAAUACAGGCUUCCACACUGCCAGGAAGGAAUCCUGGCGAAGCAGAAAUAAUUCCAGCUGCUUUACUCCACCAUAUCUUAAAGAAUCUAGAUUCAACAUUCCAACCACAAAUAGAUUCAAUACUUUGGAGCACUUAGGAAAUGGCAACUCAAAUACAGUUCUAAAGCCCAACUGGCAAAUACAGGGGGUGAAACCUAAGUUCACACAUUCAACACAUAAUACAUCCAAUCAAGAGAGCAUGAUAGGUAGCACAGCACUGUGCCCACAGGUGGACAUUAGCCUUUCAGUCUCAGCUCCCACACAGAAGGGAGCAGCGGUAACGAUUCUGGAGACCGGGGCAUCUCCCUCUCGCAUAACUUGGUCGAACUCGACCAUAGCAUCAUCUGCGGAUUCAAACAGCAGCUCACUGCUAUCCUCAAUGGCUCUUCCAGAGACUACUAAAGCUCCAGCCAUAGAUUCUAGACAAAGCCUUGAAAAGGAGAUUGGCCACAACAUCGCUUACCCUGCUAAAAAUGCUGUUAAAACUCCUGCUGCUUCGCCUGUGUCCACUGCUGUACAUGAUGACCGGCAUGAUCACUCCACAUACGGGCUCGAAAAUGUGUGCGCUAGUUCAACUAGCAAACCUGGAUCUGACAGGCCUAUUGAUGGGGCAUAUGCGAAUGGAGAGCAGCAUCCAUGUGCUUAUCGACCCCAUGAGAAAAGUUCUGAAAUCCUGUGGUACAUUUAUUUGUUUUUAGUCCGACACGUCAAUAGUUCAUAUCCAUCCUUCACUACAGGAAGCAUCAGAAUGAUACCGCAAACUCCAAAAGUCUUAGACACCAAUGACUAUUCACAAACAUUGGGGAAAUCACAGCAGAUAUUUAAAGAAGAUGGUGAAUUGGCAGGAACUGGGCAGCAAUCAUUAUGUACAGAGAGUAAUUUAGUCAUCAAACAAGAGGACAACAUUUCUGACUUAUCUAGUGAAAUGAUUAUCCCAGAGGAUAAACCACACACAUUUACAGAGUACUCCAAACAUUUUAAGGAAGGGAAAAGUCUUAAGUCUAACCAAAUGAUUCAUACAAAUAAGAAACCAUUCAAAUGUACAGAAUGUGAGAAAAGCUUCACAUGUAAUUUGCAUCUCCUUAAACACUACACAGUUCACACAGUUGUUAAACCUCACAUGUGCACAGAAUGUGGGAGAUGUUUCAUAUCUAAGCAAAGCCUUAUGUAUCACAAAAAGACCCACACAGGGGAGAAACCUUUCACAUGUAAUGAGUGUGAGAGAUGUUUCAGAUCCAAGGCAAAUCUCAUAUCUCAUGAAAAGACCCACAUAGGGGAGAAAUCUUUCACAUGUACAAAAUGUGGAAAAAGUUUUACACAUAAGAGUAAUCUGAAAACUCAUGAAAGGCUUCACACAGGAGAAAAGCCAUUCACAUGUACAAAGUGUGGAAAAGGAUUUAGGAUCAAGAGUGAUCUAAAAUAUCAUGAUAGGAUUCACACAGGUGAAAAGCCUUUCACAUGUACAGAGUGUAGAAGAAGUUUCAGACAUAUGAGUAGUCUGAAAACUCAUGAAAGGAUUCACACAGGUGAAAAGCCUUUCACAUGUACAGAGUGUGGAAAAAGUUUUACACAUUUGAGUGGCCUAAAAAAGCAUGAAAGAAGUCACACAGGAGAAAAGCCUUUCACAUGUACAGAGUGUGGAAAAAGUUUUACACGAGUUGAUCAUCUGAAUAGUCAUAAAAGGAGUCACACAGGAGAAAAGCCUUUCACGUGUACAGAGUGUGGAAAAUGUUUUAAACAAAUAAAUAGUCUGAAAACUCAUGAAAGGAUUCACACAGGAGAAAAUCCUUUCACAUGUAAAGAGUGUGGAAAAAGUUUUACACAUUUGAGUAGUCUGAAAACUCAUGAAAGGAUUCACACAGGAGAAAAGCCUUUCACAUGUGCAGAGUGUGGAAAAUGUUUUAGACAAAUAAAUAGUCUGAAAACUCAUGAAAGGAUUCACACAGGAGAAAAGCCUUUCACAUGUAAAGAGUGUGGAAAAAGGUUUACACAUUUGAGUAAUCUGAAAACUCAUGAAAGGAGUCACACAGGAGAAAAGCCUUUCACAUGUGCAGAAUGUGGAAAAUGUUUUAGACAAAUAAAUAGUCUGAAAGCUCAUGAAAGGAUUCACACAGGAGAAAAGCCUUUAACAUGUAAAGAGAGUAGAUAAAGGUUUAUACAUACGAGUAGUCUGAAAAUUCAUGAAAGGAGUCACACAGGGGAAAAACCUUUUCACAUGUACAGAGUGUCGAAAAAGUUAUAGACAUAAAUAGUCUGAAAAUUCAUGAAAGGAGUCAGUCACACAAGAGAAAAGCCUUUCACAAGUAAAGAGUGUGGAAAAAGUUUUGCACAUAGGUCAUCUGAAAACUGAUGAAAGGGUUCACACAGGAGAAAAACUUUUCACAUAUUUAUAAAGUAGAAAAAGGUAUCCCGUACCAGUCAGGUAUCACAAAACAUAAAAUAUUUAUUUACAAAAUAAACUUUGUACGCACUGUGUGGAAACCUUUUUAAAAAUAUCAUAAAGAGGUCUCUAAAAGGAUGGCAUUGUAAAUAAUACUUUCUAAAUCCCAGUUACAAAAUCUCGAUAUUGAAAGUGCUCUCCUGCUGUCCUUUGUUCCUCUAAACAUGUGCACCGGAGUUUCUCUCAUAUCAGUGUGAUAGAAUCUAAACACCACACAGCAAUAUACAAAUCUGUCCUCAUACUGACCAGUUUACACAACCAUUAAACACCAAAGCACCCCAGUGUUAUUUAUUAAUAUGCCAGUGUUAGGAGUUGUAUGUUUUGUUUACAUAGGAGAGAAAAUUAUUACAUUUACAGAAUAAAGGGGUCUUUAUAUGAAUAGAAUGCUAGAAAAUUAUAUAAACAAGAUCAGCCUUUAAUAAUUUAUGUGUAGUCUCAUAUAGAAAGAGA